UGUAUGUGUCUGUGUGUGUGUGUGUGUGUGUUGCAGGUUUGUGAUCAGCUGGGUAGAUCUGUAUUACCAUGGAGACGACGCGGUGCAGCAGGACUCUGAGCUUCAACACUGGAUCAGCGACAUCAACCUACACGGCUUCAACCACCACUCAGGUUUUCCUCCGGCUCUCCAGACCAAAGCUGAAAUGUCAAAGUUCGUCACCAUGAUCAUCUUCAACUGCUCGGCGCUGCAUGCCGCCGUCAACUUCUCCCAGCUGGACUUCGCCCUCUGGACGCCCAACUGUCCGUCCUUCAUGUCCCGUCCCCCGCCGCAGGACAAGGGCCGGGUGACGGAGGAGGACAUCCUGUCCUUCCUGCCGGACGUGGGCUCCAGCGUCCGCGUCCUGGCGGUGCUCACCACGCUGUCCCAGCCCGCCCUCGACUGCGUUCCCCUAUGUCACUACAAGGAGCCGGUGUUCGCCGACGGCGCCCACUGCCGGUUGGUGGCGCAGGUGCAGGCCCGGCUCGAGGCCAUUUCUGAUGACAUCACACAGCGCAACAGCCAAUUGGAGCUGCCGUACCCGUACCUGCACCCCGGGCGCAUCGAGAACAGCGUGGCCGUGUGA